GGAGAGAGCGGGGAGGCAGAGCAAAAAGGAGAGGAGAGAUUGAGAGAGACUUCGAAUCUGCUUGGAAAUUCUGAGGAAUUAAGUGCUUUCAGAUACUUCAAGAAAAUGAGUGUUAAUGGAGCUUAAAAGCUUCAAAUAAUAAUUGUAGCCUCAUCCAUCUGCUAACUUUUUCCCGAGGGCGCUCUUCGUUUUCUGGUAUGGCAGAGGCAUACGGGCCUGGACUUGUGCUCCAGGUGAAGAGAUGGAAAACAAAACAAGGAAAAGGAAUAAAUUAAAAAAAGAAAAUCCCACAAAAGACAAAAGCCAACCAGGAGAGACAGGGUUCCCUGAAGAAUGGUGGCUCGAGUUUGUUGGGUUUCUGGAGCCUGGGAGCAUAAGUGAGCUGAUGUUGGGGUGGGCUGUGCAGCAGGGAAAGCAGGACCCAUUCGAGGUGACCCAUGGUGCGACGUGUCCUGUGUGCGGCUCUGUCCGUGCUGCGUGGCCUGUGCCCGCGGCUAGCUUCCUGUUCGAUUGCCGGGGGGCAGCUGGCGAGCGGGGAGGCUGUGCUGUUCCCAUCACCACUUUGUCCUUGAAUAUCCAAGUGGUUCCUGGCAACACACAUGGUGUCACUAUCUUCUUCAUGGCAGACGGUCUGAAGAGGCUGUGAGGAGAGUCGGAAACGACCCUUGACAUCCGGGAGAAGGGUUGGCAGGUCUGGGUGACCUGGAGACUAUGUCCCUCAGCAGUGGGCGGCCUUGACCCACCAUUUGUGUGUUAGGAGCUAUUGGGACUCUCUGGAUGUCUCAAGUUCAAGUUCCCUAAAAGACAGGGGCUCUACCCACGUCUUCCUUCCACUACAGAGGGCUCCAGGGGGACAAGGCAGCCCGAGGUAGAGCUAUGGAUGCCCUGGCCCUCUCUGUCCAUUUCUCAUCCAUCCGCUAUGCUCACCACACUGUCUGCCCUGCCGGACUGUAAACCCUGUGAGUGCAGGGAGGGAGCUCCUUAACCUCUGUGUGCCUCAGUUUCCUGGUUUGUAAACCAACAGGACCAGUGACCACCUACGGCUAUCCUAAGGACGGAGCGAUUGAAGAUUAAAUGAGGUGAUAGUUACUGAGUAUUUGCUGUAGGCCAGCCCUGAUCUAGGCACCUGGUGAACAUUAACUUAGUCCUUACAGGAACCGUUGGAGGUAGGGAUUCUCAUUGUGAGGAAACUGAGGCACGGGGAGGAUGGCCGAUGUAGAGACCAGGUCUAACCUGUGUUAUCCUGCCUCUCCCAGCGAGAGGAGAGCAUUAGACCCGUGCUGGGCCCAGCAGCACACUUACUCGGUGUGAGCUCUGAUCACUCUGUGCCCUGCUGGGGUCCCCUAGCAACACAGCCCUCAGGAGAGGGUGGCAGGGCCUGCCACCUCCUGGAGGCUCCCCAGCACCCAGGCCCGCCUGCCUCGGUCCCCUUGGUGACAGCAUCUUGUCGUGUGAUUGGCAGCUGGCGAAGGCUCUCAGGUUUGCCUUGGUGGCUCAGGCAGGCAGGGCCUGGCCAAGGAAGGUGCUACCAUUGAGCAUCAUUUGAUCCUUCGUUUGGCGCAUGGGAUUUCCCAGGUGCGGGGCUUUCACAGAGCAAGGGCUGGUGGGUGGGUCUCACUCUUCCUGAUAAACUGAAAACCAGGUGAGCAGAGCAUCUGUCAGAAACCAGCUUCUGCAGCGCAGAAGAGGGUCUCGGUGGUUCCAAGAAACACGCGAUGAUGGGAAAGGGGCCGCACUGAGAGGCAGGGGCCCUGGGUCCCGAUUGUCCUCCGCCGGGAAGACACGUGCAGCCAGGAUGAACCUGGGACCCGGAGCCACUUGCUGCUUUAACCAUGGAGAAGCGGGGCCGCGGUGAGAUGGACACAGCCCCGUCGGAGCCUCUUCACUCCCACAUUAAGGUGUUGAAAACCAACCGUGAACUGCUGGUCACUCACAUCCGCAGCACGCAGUGUCUGGUGGACAACCUGCUGGAGAAUGAGUACUUCUCGGCCGAAGACGCGGAGAUCGUGGGCGCCUGCCCCACGCAGCCCGACAAGGUGCGCAAGAUUCUGGACCUGGUACAGAGCAAGGGCGAGGAGGUGUCCGAGUUCCUCCUCCUCGUGCUCCAGCGACUCGCAGAUGCUUACGUGGACCUCAGGCCCUGGCUGGUGGAGAUCGGCUUCUCCCCUUCCAAGCUCAUUCAGAGCAAAACUGUUGUCAACACUGAUCCAGUGAGCAGGUACAUCCAGAAGCUGCGACACCAGCUGGGCCGCGACUCCAAGUUCAUCCUGUGCUACUCGCAGAAGGAGGAGGUGUUGCUGGAGGAGGUGUACACGGACACCAUCAUGGAGCUGGUCAGCUUCAGCAACGAGAGCCUGGGCAGCCCGGGCAGCCUGGCCCGCCUCCUGGACCACUCCACGGGCGUCCUCAACGAGCAGGGCGAGACCAUCUUCGUCUCGGGCGACGCGGGCGUGGGCAAGUCCAUGCUGCUGCAGCGGCUGCAGAGCCUCUGGGCCGCCGGCCAGCUGGACGCGCGGCUCAAGUUCUCCUUCCACUUCCGCUGCCGCAUGUUCAGCUGCUUCAAGGAGGGCGCCAUGCUGAGUCUGCAGGACCUGCUCUUCAAGCACUGCUGCUACCCGGAGCAGGACCCCGAGGAGGUGUUCGCCUUCCUGGUGCGCUUCCCCCACACCGCCCUCUUCACCUUCGACGGCCUGGACGAGCUCCACUCGGACUUCGACCUGAGCCGCGUGCCCGACACCUCGUCGCCCUGGGAGCCGGCCCACCCUCUGGUCCUGCUGGCCAACCUGCUCAGUGGGGUGCUUCUCAAAGGGGCCACCAAGCUGCUCACGGCCCGCACGGGCAUCGAGAUCCCGCGCCAGCUCCUUCGGAAGAAGGUGCUCCUGCGGGGCUUCUCCCGCAGCCACCUGCGGGCCUACGCCAGGAGGAUGUUCCCCGACCGGGCCACACGGGACCGCCUGCUGGACCAGCUGGAGGCCAACCCCAACCUCUGCAGCCUGUGCGCCGUGCCCCUCUUCUGCUGGAUCAUCUUCCGCUGCUUCCAGCAUUUCCACGGCGCCUUCGACAGCUCCCCAGAGCUGCCCGACUGCACGGUGACCCUGACCGACGUGUUCCUGCUGGUCACCGAGGUCCACCUGAACAGGACGCAGCCCACCAGCCUGGUGCAGAGGAACACGCAGAGCCAGACGGAGGCCCUCCGUGGCGGCCUGGCCACCCUGCGUGCGCUGGGGCAGCUGGCCCGCUGGGGCAUGGAGAGGGAGCUGUUUGUUUUCAGCCAGGAGGAGGUCCAGGCCGCCGCCAUGCAGGAGGCUGACCUGCAGCUGGGCUUCCUGCGGGCCGUGCCCGAGCCGGGCCUCGGAGAGGACCAGCUGUCCUAUGAGUUUUUCCACACCACCCUCCAGGCCUUCUUCACCGCCUUCUCCCUCGUGGUGGACGCCAAGGUGGGCACGCGGGCGCUGCUCCGGUUCUUCCAGGAGUGGGUGCCUCCGGAGGAGGCAGCAGUGGCGGCCUGCUCGGCCCCCUUCUUCCCCUUCCCAUGCCUGGGGGCCCGCAACCCGGCGGGGGACAACCCCUUCAGGAACAAGGACCACAUUCAGUUCACCAACCUCUUCCUGUGCGGGCUGUUGUCCAAAGCCAAACAGAAACUCCUGCGACACCUGGUGCCGGCCGCGGCCCUGAGGAGAAAGCGCAAGGCCCUGUGGGCGCACCUGUUCGCCAGCCUGCGGACCUACCUGAAGAACCUGCCCCGCACUCGGUCUGGGGGCUUCAACCAGGUGCAGGCCAUGCCCACCUUCAUCUGGAUGCUGCGCUGCAUCUACGAGACGCAGAGCGAGAAGGUGGGGCAGCUGGCGGCCAAGGGCAUCUGCGCCAACUACCUCAAGCUGACCUACUGCAAUGCCUACUCGGCCGACUGCAGCGCCCUCUCCUUCGUCCUGCACCACUUCCGCAAGCGGCUGGCCCUCGAUCUGGACAACAACAAUCUCAACGACUACGGCGUGCGGGAGCUGAAGCCCUGCUUCAGCUGCCUCACGGUCAUCAGACUCAGCGUAAACCAGGUCACUGACAGUGGGGUCAAGGUGCUAUAUGAAGAGCUGACCAAGUACAAAAUUCUGACGUAUUUAGGCUUAUACAACAACCAGAUCACUGAUGUCGGAGCCGGGUACAUCGCCAGCAUCCUGGAUGAGUGCAAAGGCCUCACACACCUUAAACUGGGGAAAAACCAGAUAACCAGCGAGGGAGGAAAGUGUCUCGCCCUGGCCGUGAAGAACAGCAAAUCCAUCUUUGAAAUCGGUCUGGCUUCCAACGGCAUUUCCACAGAAGGAGGAAAGAGCCUCGCGCAGGCCUUGCACUGGAACACGUCGCUGAGAAUAUUCUGGCUCACCCAGAAUGAACUCGACGACGAAGUGGCAGAGAGCAUGGCAGAGAUGUUGAAAGUCAACCAGACGCUGAAACAUUUAUGGCUUAUCCAGAACCAGAUCACAGCCAAGGGGGUCGCCCAGCUGGCAGACGCCUUACAGAAGAACACUGGCAUCAUGGAGAUUUGCCUCAAUGGGAACUUAAUGAAGCCCGAGGAGACCAGAGGCUUUGAGGGUGAGAAGCGGCUUGUCCUUUCCUGAGAGGACGCCUUCCUGUCCGAGGCUCUAGCCCUGGGAGGGCGCUAGCAGCGGCAGCCACUCUGCGGUCACCUGUGUUAGGUGUCGUCUCGCAAGGGGACUGCCGGGAGCCCAGGGCCUUCACAGAUGCUCUGAUGGGCCAGCUCCCUGCACGGCUGGUGCAGUUUCACAGGGAAGCGUGGGCUUCGUGAGCCAUGUUGGUUCCUGGAUACAUGCCAUGGAGACGUUCCUGAGUGCCCACGAUCCCUGUAACCUGCAUCAAGAGGAAUGACUGAGCUUGUACAACGCCUGCCUGGCGGCUGGGGGAGUGAGCGGUCACUGCUGUCCUCACUGAGCCGUCGAGGACGUGGUGCAGAGUUGGUGCCGAGUUUUUUGCAGAGAAGAUGGUCCAUGAACAAGAAGCGUUUUGCCUGAAAUCUUCCUCCUCGGUACCUCCCCAUGUGUUGCUGUCCUUCCCGCUUCACAGCUGUAGAUACUGAGGGGUGUCCGUGUGGGGUGGUAGUGGGUGCCAAGGAAAAGACCCGGCACAGGCUUUUUCAUCCUGGGGCCUCACUGCCAACCGAGACCACUGGCUGCGCUCUUAGCUAAGAGCAAGGGCGAUGCCUUCAUGACGCCGCGUUUCCACUCGGGGCUUUCCCACGCGAGGCUGACCUCCUCCGGAGACUAACACCUGGAAGAGCUGCUCUGCCCCAGGAAGACUGCCUGCCCCCAGAGGAAGAGGCGCGGCUUACCUUGUGGUCCUGGCACCCACUGAGCCUCCUCUCCCCUGCUCUCCUCAGGAGGUCUCCUGCCCGAGUAGCUGUGAGGGUGACGGAGUUGGAGCCAAGAGUCAGGCAGCUCCGAGGACCCGCUAGCAUGUCAGACCCUGACCACAGUGACGGGCGCAUGGUGGGUGCUAAUGGGGGAGGGUGGCAAUAGGACCAGACCUGCCCUUUUGCCAAU